CGACAACGUGUGAGGUGUGCUUGUGUGAACCGGAAAAGACAUGGCGUCAUAGCGCGCAAUGCGGUGAAGUAUGCGCUGGAUGGGAGAAGGCGUAUUCGAGGCGGAUGCCUUUGCUCGUGUGUGGACGCCACUUUUCCAUCAGUGCGAGAGAAAAUGUCAGGGAACGACCUGAAGCGAAACAAAUUAGUGCACAUUUGACCCAUUGGAUUAAAAUUGCGAUCCCAACGACGACCACCACGACAAAGCGAGCGUUGCGGCACGUGCAGGUACCCGUCCACCGAUCGCGACGGCAUCUGCUGGGUCUCCUGGCUUCAAGUGCUGCAUCCUCUCCGAGCAUCGUCGUGUACUUUCAUGGCUUUCCUGAUCUGUCCGUACACCCAGACGUAUCGACCACCCCAGCGUUUGCCAGUCGAUUCCCUCGAAAGCUCGAAGAGCUGCUCUCUCCAGCUUUCGAUCUGCUAUGUGUCAACUUUUCAGGACUCCCCGGCUCUGACAGCGAAGUGCCCUACCGCAGCAAACUUCUAAGUCGAGAAGUCGAAGAUGCCGACGCAAUCAUUGCAUUCUGCGAGCACAAGUUACAAAAACGACAUGUGCACGUGGUUGGCCUCUCGACAGGUGCCAUCCUUGCAGCGCUCGUGCGAAAUCACGGCCAUGCAUUCCUUCGGUCCAUCUCGGUUGUGGCAGGCAUCGCAGAUACAAAGGAAGGUGUGCACUUCGAUUUCUCCAACGACCAGCAAUGCCAAGCGCGAUCAACCGGAAGCUGCCUUACGCCGUUCUACUGGCCAUCCAAAUGGCCGCUACCUCCCGAUGCGAAUGACUUCGAUCCCAUCACGGGGAAACUUUGGCGCCCUCUUGAUCAGACGUACAUUGAGGACAUGGUGGGGCUGGACAUUGGAGCAAGCGUUAGUCAAGGAACUGUUCCGUUGCUCGUCAUCCACGGCGACCAGGACAGCAGUAUCCCGUGGGAGCACGGCCAUGCUCUGUUUAGUGCUGCCGCUGACCCCAAGAAAUGGCUGUUGAUCAAGGGAGCAAACCAUCUCCUCACGAAUACAAAACACAUCAAGAAAGCUCUGGCAGAGAUGCAAGGACACAUGCUCGCUGCCGAGGCGACGUGUGCUUCACAUGCAUAGCUCCUAUCAAAACACAUAACACAUCAAUGCAGUCAUGCGCAGCGUUGGUUCCUUG